UUGGAGAUGGGCGCGCAAACGGACCAGUGGGUCUGGGGGCGGCGGUGACGGGCGUGGAGCUGGCCCAAUGAGGGUGGGAGUGGGUGGGGCAGCCCCGAGCGGCAGUGCUAAAGGAGCCCGGCGGAGGCAGCGGUGGGUUUGGGACUGAGGGGCCGGAUCUGUGGUCUCGGCUGGGGACGUGCGCCGGCGCCACCAUCUUCGGCUGAAGAGGCAAUUGCUCUUGGAUCCUUCUGUUUACAAUGGCCCAGAGAGCCGGACUCGAAGACCCAGAGAGGUACCUCUUUGUGGACAGAGCGGUCAUCUACAACCCCGCCACUCAGGCCGACUGGACGGCUAAAAAGCUAGUGUGGAUCCCGUCGGAACGCCAUGGUUUCGAGGCAGCCAGUAUCAAGGAAGAGCGGGGAGAUGAGGUCAUGGUGGAGUUGGCCGAGAACGGAAAGAAGGCGAUGGUCAACAAAGAUGACAUCCAGAAGAUGAACCCACCUAAGUUUUCCAAGGUGGAGGAUAUGGCGGAAUUGACGUGCUUGAACGAAGCUUCUGUGUUACACAACCUGAAGGACCGCUACUAUUCAGGACUUAUCUACACUUAUUCUGGACUCUUCUGUGUAGUCAUAAACCCUUACAAGAAUCUUCCAAUCUACUCUGAGAAUAUCAUUGAAAUGUACAGAGGGAAGAAACGCCACGAGAUGCCUCCACACAUCUACGCUAUCUCUGAAUCUGCUUAUAGAUGCAUGCUUCAAGAUCGUGAGGACCAGUCAAUUCUUUGCACGGGUGAAUCAGGUGCUGGGAAGACAGAAAAUACUAAGAAAGUCAUUCAGUACCUUGCUCAUGUCGCUUCUUCGCACAAAGGACGGAAGGACCAUAAUAUUCCUCAGGAAUCGCCAAAACCAGUGAAGCAUCAGGGGGAACUCGAACGGCAGCUCUUACAAGCGAAUCCAAUCCUGGAAUCAUUCGGAAACGCGAAGACCGUGAAAAAUGAUAACUCAUCUCGUUUUGGCAAGUUCAUCCGCAUCAACUUUGAUGUAACUGGCUACAUCGUUGGGGCCAACAUUGAAACGUACCUUCUGGAAAAAUCUCGUGCUGUCCGUCAAGCAAAAGAUGAGCGUACUUUUCAUAUCUUUUACCAGUUGUUAUCCGGAGCAGGAGAACACCUGAAGUCUGAUCUGCUCCUUGAAGGAUUUAAUAACUACAGAUUUCUCUCCAAUGGCUACAUUCCCAUUCCGGGACAGCAAGACAAAGAUAACUUUCAGGAGACCAUGGAAGCAAUGCACAUAAUGGGCUUCUCUCACGAGGAAAUUCUCUCAAUGCUUAAAGUGGUAUCUUCAGUGCUACAGUUUGGAAACAUUUCUUUCAAAAAGGAGCGAAAUACUGACCAAGCGUCCAUGCCAGAAAAUACAGUUGCACAGAAACUCUGCCAUCUUCUGGGGAUGAAUGUGAUGGAGUUCACUCGGGCUAUCCUCACCCCCCGGAUCAAGGUCGGCCGAGACUAUGUGCAGAAAGCCCAGACCAAAGAACAAGCAGAUUUUGCAGUAGAAGCACUGGCGAAAGCUACCUAUGAGCGGCUCUUUCGCUGGCUCGUCCACCGCAUCAACAAAGCUCUGGACAGGACCAAGCGUCAGGGCGCAUCUUUCAUCGGAAUCCUGGAUAUUGCUGGAUUCGAAAUAUUUGAGCUGAACUCCUUCGAGCAGCUCUGCAUCAACUACACCAACGAGAAGCUGCAGCAGCUCUUUAACCACACGAUGUUCGUGCUGGAGCAGGAGGAGUACCAGCGCGAGGGCAUCGAGUGGAGCUUCAUCGACUUUGGCCUUGACCUGCAGCCCUGCAUCGACCUCAUCGAGAGACCCGCCAACCCCCCCGGCGUGCUGGCCCUUCUGGACGAAGAGUGCUGGUUCCCGAAGGCCACGGAUAAGACCUUUGUCGAAAAACUAGUUCAAGAGCAAGGCUCCCACUCCAAGUUUCAGAAACCCCGGCAACUGAAAGACAAAGCAGACUUCUGCAUCAUCCAUUACGCGGGGAAGGUGGACUACAAGGCAGACGAGUGGCUGAUGAAGAACAUGGACCCGCUGAACGACAACGUGGCCACCCUCCUGCAUCAGUCGUCGGACAGAUUCGUGGCAGAGCUUUGGAAGGACGAGAUUCAGAAUAUUCAGAGAGCUUCUUUCUAUGACAGUGUUUCUGGUCUUCAUGAGCCACCAGUGGACCGCAUUGUGGGUCUGGAUCAAGUUACUGGCAUGACGGAGACCGCUUUUGGCUCUGCCUACAAAACCAAGAAGGGCAUGUUCCGUACCGUGGGGCAGCUCUACAAGGAGUCCCUCACCAAGCUGAUGGCGACGCUCCGAAACACCAACCCCAACUUCGUCCGCUGCAUCAUCCCGAAUCACGAGAAGCGGGCUGGAAAACUGGAUCCGCAUCUGGUGCUGGACCAGCUUCGCUGCAACGGAGUCCUGGAGGGAAUCCGGAUCUGCCGCCAGGGCUUCCCCAACCGGAUAGUUUUCCAGGAAUUCAGACAGAGAUACGAGAUCCUGACUCCAAAUGCUAUUCCCAAGGGUUUCAUGGACGGCAAACAGGCUUGUGAGCGAAUGAUCAGGGCUUUAGAAUUGGACCCAAACUUGUACAGAAUCGGACAGAGCAAGAUAUUUUUCAGAGCUGGCGUUUUGGCGCACUUAGAGGAAGAAAGAGAUUUAAAAAUUACCGACAUCAUCAUCUUCUUCCAGGCCGUUUGCAGAGGUUACCUGGCCAGAAAGGCCUUCGCCAAGAAGCAGCAGCAGCUGAGCGCCCUGAAGGUCCUGCAGCGGAACUGCGCCGCCUACCUGAAGCUCCGUCACUGGCAGUGGUGGCGCGUCUUCACCAAGGUGAAGCCGCUCCUUCAAGUGACCCGCCAGGAGGAGGAGCUUCAGGCCAAGGACGAGGAGCUGCUGAAGGUGAAGGAGAAGCAGACGAAGGUGGAGGGCGAGCUGGAAGAGAUGGAACGCAAGCACCAGCAGCUUCUGGAGGAGAAGAACAUCCUGGCGGAGCAGCUGCAGGCGGAGACGGAGCUCUUUGCCGAAGCGGAAGAGAUGAGGGCGAGGCUCGCCGCUAAGAAGCAGGAGCUGGAGGAGAUCCUCCACGACCUGGAAUCCAGGGUUGAAGAAGAAGAAGAAAGAAACCAAAUCCUCCAGAACGAAAAGAAGAAGAUGCAAGCACACAUUCAGGACUUGGAGGAGCAGCUGGACGAGGAGGAAGGGGCUCGCCAGAAACUCCAGCUGGAGAAGGUGACGGCAGAGGCGAAGACCAAGAAGAUGGAGGAGGAGAUCCUGCUUCUCGAGGACCAAAACUCCAAAUUUAUCAAAGAAAAGAAACUCUUGGAGGAUCGCAUCGCGGAGUGCUCCUCUCAGCUGGCUGAAGAGGAAGAAAAGGCCAAAAAUUUGGCCAAAAUCAGAAAUAAGCAAGAAGUGAUGAUCUCAGAUUUAGAAGAACGCUUAAAGAAGGAAGAAAAGACCCGUCAGGAGCUGGAAAAGGCCAAGAGAAAACUCGACGGAGAGACCACCGACCUGCAGGACCAGAUCGCGGAGCUGCAGGCGCAGAUCGACGAGCUCAAGGUCCAGCUGGCCAAGAAGGAGGAGGAGCUGCAGGGCGCGCUGGCCAGGGGCGACGACGAGACGCUCCACAAGAACAACGCGCUCAAGGUGGUGCGUGAGCUGCAAGCCCAGAUCGCCGAGCUGCAGGAGGACUUCGAAUCGGAGAAGGCUUCGCGGAACAAGGCGGAGAAGCAGAAGCGGGACUUGAGUGAGGAGCUGGAGGCCCUGAAAACGGAGCUGGAGGACACCCUGGACACCACCGCGGCUCAGCAGGAACUUCGCACCAAACGUGAACAAGAGGUGGCAGAGUUGAAGAAGGCUCUGGAGGAAGAGACCAGGAACCACGAAGCCCAAAUCCAGGACAUGCGACAGAGACACGCCACAGCCCUGGAGGAGCUCUCGGAGCAGCUGGAACAGGCCAAGAGGUUCAAGGCAAAUCUGGAGAAGAACAAGCAGGGCCUGGAGACCGACAACAAAGAGCUGGCGUGUGAGGUCAAGGUGCUGCAGCAGGUCAAGGCCGAGUCUGAGCACAAGAGGAAGAAACUGGACGCGCAGGUGCAGGAGCUCCACGCCAAGGUCUCGGAAGGAGACAGACUCCGGGUGGAGCUGGCCGAGAAAGCGAACAAGUUACAGAAUGAAUUGGAUAAUGUCUCCACGCUUCUGGAAGAAGCCGAGAAGAAGGGUAUUAAAUUUGCCAAGGACGCAGCCAGUCUGGAAUCUCAACUACAGGACACACAGGAGCUUCUUCAGGAGGAGACGCGCCAAAAGCUGAACCUGAGCAGUCGCAUCCGGCAGCUGGAGGAGGAGAAGAACGGCCUCCAGGAGCAGCAGGAGGAGGAAGAGGAGGCCAGGAAGAGCCUGGAGAAACAAGUGCUGGCCCUGCAGUCUCAGCUGACAGAUACCAAGAAGAAAGUAGACGAUGACUUAGGAACAAUUGAAAGUUUGGAAGAAGCCAGAAAGAAGCUCCUGAAGGACGCGGAGGCGCUGGGCCAGCGCCUGGAGGAGAAGGCUUCGGCCUACGACAAGCUGGAGAAGACCAAAAACCGCCUGCAGCAGGAGCUCGACGACCUGACGGUGGACCUGGACCAACAGCGCCAGAUCGCCUCCAACUUGGAGAAGAAGCAGAAGAAGUUCGACCAGCUGUUAGCAGAAGAGAAGAACAUCUCUGCUCGCUACGCAGAGGAGCGAGACCGCGCGGAGGCAGAGGCCAGGGAGAAGGAAACCAAAGCCCUGUCCCUGGCGCGGGCCCUCGAGGAGGCCCUGGAGGCCAAGGAGGAGUACGAGAGGCAGAACAAGCAGCUUCGAGCGGACAUGGAAGACCUGAUGAGCUCCAAGGACGACGUGGGGAAGAAUGUGCACGAACUUGAGAAGUCCAAACGGGCGCUAGAGCAGCAGGUGGAGGAGAUGAGGACCCAGCUGGAGGAGCUGGAAGAUGAACUUCAGGCCACGGAGGACGCCAAGCUUCGCCUAGAGGUCAACAUGCAGGCCAUGAAGGCCCAGUUUGAGAGGGACCUGCAGACCAGAGAUGAACAGAACGAGGAGAAGAAGCGGCUGCUGGUUAAACAGGUGCGGGAGCUGGAGGCGGAGCUGGAGGACGAGCGGAAGCAGCGGGCGCUGGCGGUCGCGUCCAAGAAGAAACUGGAAAUAGACCUGAAGGACCUGGAAGCUCAGACGGAGGCCGCGAACAAAGCCAGGGACGAGGUGGUCAAGCAGCUCCGCAAGCUUCAGGCUCAGAUGAAGGAUUACCAACGUGAAUUAGAAGAAGCUCGUGCAUCCCGGGAUGAGAUUUUUGCUCAAUCCAAAGAGAGUGAAAAGAAACUCAAGAGUCUAGAAGCCGAAAUCCUUCAAUUGCAAGAGGAACUCGCCUCCUCUGAGCGAGCCCGCCGCCACGCCGAGCAGGAGAGGGACGAGCUGGCCGACGAGAUCGCCAACAGCGCCUCUGGCAAGUCUGCGCUGCUGGAUGAGAAGCGGCGUCUGGAGGCGCGGAUCGCGCAGCUGGAGGAGGAGCUGGAAGAGGAGCAGAGCAACACGGAGCUGCUCAACGACCGCUUCCGCAAGACCACGCUGCAGGUGGACACGCUGAACGCAGAGCUGGCGGCCGAGCGCAGCGCCGCCCAGAAGAGUGACAACGCGCGCCAGCAGCUGGAGCGGCAGAACAAGGAGCUCAAGGCCAAGCUGCAGGAACUGGAGGGCACCGUCAAGUCCAAGUUCAAGGCCACCAUCUCGGCCCUGGAAGCCAAGAUCGGGCAGCUGGAGGAGCAGCUGGAGCAGGAAGCCAAGGAACGGGCAGCCGCCAACAAGCUAGUCCGCCGCACGGAGAAGAAGCUGAAGGAGAUCUUCAUGCAGGUGGAAGACGAGCGUCGCCACGCAGAUCAGUACAAAGAACAGAUGGAGAAGGCCAACGCCAGGAUGAAGCAGCUGAAACGGCAGCUGGAGGAAGCGGAAGAGGAAGCCACGCGUGCCAACGCGUCUCGGCGUAAACUCCAGCGGGAACUGGAUGAUGCCACGGAGGCCAACGAGGGCCUGAGCCGCGAGGUCAGCACUCUCAAGAACCGGCUGAGGCGGGGCGGCCCCAUCAGCUUCUCCUCCAGCCGGUCUGGCCGGCGUCAGCUGCACAUCGAAGGGGCCUCGCUGGAGCUGUCGGACGACGACACGGAGAGUAAGACCAGCGACGUCAACGAGACGCAGCCGCCCCAGUCCGAGUAGAGCCCCAGGAAGCCAGCGGAGGCGGUACAGAGGGACAGUGGGAACUCGGCCGGCGCCAGCCUGCCUCGGGGCCUCCCACACGUUGAGGAAACUGGCGAGCUCUGGGAUUCCUUCCUGAAAGAUCAACUGUGUCUUAAGGCUUUCCGGCCUCCACAUACUGUAUCCUGCUUCAGAUUUAAGUACAGUUGCUCCCCUUUUUAUAUAUAUACGUACACAAAACCUACACCUAUUAAACAGACUGUCUCAUCCUUGCAUCUAUUUUCCAUAUAUCCACCAAGAGACCAUUUUAUAAUCCAUGUUAAGAAGAGAAAUCGUUUUCCAGACCAACUCCAGACCCUCGUUGCCAGUCGCUGGGUUAUCGGGGUGGGGGGGGCAGCCCUCCCCCUCCCCCCCCCUCCCCCCCGGGGCUGCCCAGUCGCUCUGCAUGCUCUCUGUCGACAGACAGGUAAUUUAGUUCUGUGUUCAUGUGGCCCCUGACUCCUCAGCCACAUCCAGUCUCUUAGAACAUUGUGGAACGUAAGCUGCACUCGUAUCUCCUUGUAUUUCCUCCGAAUAACGAUCGACACUAUUUCAGUGAGCAAACUGUGAAGGGGGCUUCGGAAAGACCAGGAGGGUGGGUCGCGUUGGGGGGGAAGCGGCAUCCGUUCGGGGUCACCAUGAGUUGGCGAUGUCGCCACAUCUCUCCCUGUGAUCGGUCCCCGGCCAGGGCCGGUCUGUGCGGCUGCGGGUGGCGGGCCCACGCGGACCCUGAGCCCCCCACCCCCAGGCCCUGCCCGUGCACUCACUAGUCCUGGUCCAGGCGCAGGUAUAGCCCCGGGCAGAGGGUGGCGCAAAGCACCCCCCCCCCCCGCCCCCACCCUCCCAGCCAGGCUCGCAUGCCGACCUUUGCAAAUUCAGCCGCUGCUUUGAGCCCAAAAUGGAAACAGUAGUUUUUGUGUCCCAGACUCACUCCAAGUUUGUCGAGGAGGUUUUACCGAACCUCGGGAACCGAUGCCAUCUGCCUGAAUGUUGACAUGCCCGUGGACGCGAAUCUUUUUUCAUUUCUCCUCCUCCCUUCCCCCCGGACAGUGUUACAGUGAACAUUUAGCAUUCUGUUUUUGGUUGAUAGUUAAGCAAACUGACAUUACAGAAAGUGCCUUAGACACUACAGUACUAAGACAACGUUAAAUACAUUAUUUGCCUCUGUAACAACUUACUGUAUAAGUUCUGACUUUGCUUCAUAUCAUGUACCUCUCUAGUCAAAGUGGUAUUAUAAACAUUCAGUGACAAUGAAUCAGUGUUAAUUAUAAAUCCUUGAUCCUCUGCAACGUGCUUGAAAACACCAACCUUUUGGGUUAAAAGCUUUAACAUCUGUUAGGAAGAAUUUGUCAUGUGGGUUUGGAACCUUUGGUUUCCCCCCCUUUAACGAAUUGUACUGGCUGUUGACCACCAGACACCUGACUGCAAAGAAUCUUUUUUCUUGUAUUCCCAUAUUUCUAGACAAUGAUUUUUGUAAGACAAUAAAUUUAUUCAUUAUAGAUAUUUACGCCUGCUCUGUUUACUUGGAGGAAAAAGCACCCGUUGAGAAUAAACAGACCUCAAUAAACGACAAUAAUCGUG